AGCAGUGCGCGCGGAGGCAACGAGAGGAGGCUUUUCUGUGCUGAUUUUGAAGGGACCACAGUCUUGUUUUCCGCCCUUCCUGAACGCUCCUUCCUUUCGUCCCGUCGCCUCUCGAUCCCUGUGCACCUUGUUUCCUCGUGGCGGACCCCCUGCGCCUCCCUCCCCUCCCUGUCCUUUGCCCCGAAACCCCCCUCCGGGCGGGAUUGCUCCCUUCUGGUUGUGAGAUUGCAGAGUACACCGUGUCCCCGGUUGCAAUGGAGGACGGUGCCCACGAGGCUCACGCUUCAUCGGACGAGCACGAGUCCUUAGCUGCCUCCCCUAAUCACCAUGAUGCUGAACAGCAUUCAUGCCAUUCGGACGACUCGGAGGUGGAGAACAUUAUGCAAGAGCCUCCCCACCCAGCAGGGCGCGACAGCCCCGACCUCCUCCCCGGCCCCCGCGGCCGUGAGCCCGACAGGGCGGCUGAGGGCAAAGACCGCCCUCACACCCCGUCACAGUUGCACCUCCCCGCGGCGGCCCGGGCGCAGUCGGGUUCACGCUCUGAACCCCGACUAUCGCGGCGCCAAAGUGCGGAGUUUGACUUGUCGUCGGUCCCAAUCAGUCCCACCAGGCCCAAGAGUCCCUGGGGUCCAUUUGACCCGUACAACAACAACGAGGACCAGGGCAAGGAAUAUGUGGGUUUUGCAACGCUGCCAAACCAGGUUCACCGCAAGUCAGUGAAGAAGGGAUUUGACUUCACGCUCAUGGUGGCAGGGGAGUCCGGCCUGGGAAAGUCCACCCUGGUCAACAGUCUCUUUCUCACAGAUCUUUACAAAGAUAGGAAGCUGCUCAAUGCUGAAGAGCGGAUCACACAAACGGUAGAAAUCACCAAGCACACAGUGGAUAUAGAAGAGAAAGGUGUCAAACUGAAGCUCACCAUCGUGGACACGCCCGGGUUUGGGGAUGCUGUAAACAACACCGAAUGCUGGAAGUCCGUGGCCGACUACAUCGACCAGCAGUUCGAGCAGUACUUCAGGGACGAGAGCGGCCUCAACCGCAAGAACAUCCAGGACAACCGCGUACACUGCUGCCUCUACUUCAUCUCGCCCUUCGGCCACGGCCUGCGGCCUCUGGAUGUGGAGUUUAUGAAAGCUCUUCACGAGAAGGUCAACAUCGUCCCCAUUUUGGCCAAAGCCGACACACUCACGCCUGCUGAGGUCAAGAAGAAGAAAUUCAAGAUCCGAGAGGAGAUCGAGCAGUAUGGUAUCAAGAUAUACCAGUUCCCUGACUGUGACUCAGACGAAGAUGAUGACUUUAAGCAGCAGGACCAUCAGCUGAAGGAGAGCAUCCCCUUCGCCGUGAUCGGCAGCAACACGGUGGUGGAGGCCAAAGGGAAGCGGGUGCGAGGCCGUCUCUAUCCCUGGGGCAUCGUGGAAGUGGAGAACUCGGCCCACUGUGACUUCGUGAAGCUGAGGAACAUGCUCGUUCGCACACACAUGCAAGAUCUGAAGGACGUCACCCGGGAGACUCACUACGAGAACUACAGAGCCCACUGCAUCCAGAACAUGACCCGCAUGGUUGUGAAGGAACGCAACCGCAAUAAAUUGACCAGGGAGAGCGGCACCGACUUCCCCAUCCCGGUGGUGCCCGCCGUGGGUGACGAGACAGAAAAGCUCAUCCGAGAGAAAGAUGAGGAGUUGCGGCGGAUGCAAGCGAUGCUGCAGAGGAUCCAGGAUCAAAUGCACACUCAGAAGGAAGGCUAUUAACGCAGGACGAGCGCCGGGGUGCACGUCUCUGUGUUUCAGAAGACAAACUAGUCCCCCGGGGAAAGUUUUUAUUCCAUCCUCGAACGUUGACGUCCGGCCAACCACCACUGAACCUCAUCUGUAGCACGUAACACUUGGAUCAGGGAGCUGCGAGGAGGCGGUAAGAUGCUCUGACAUUUGCAGGCCUCCCUUUCUCCUCUCUGACACGAUGGCCUCACUCGCCGCCAAAACACACUCGCCCCUCUACUCCUCUGCUUUCUGAUUUGUCAACAUGUUUAAAAGAUUCAAAAGAUGUUUGUGUGAAUGACAAGAGGGGCGCAUGUUGCGAUCAGAUCUUUCCAAUAUAUGAACUUUAUUUAGUCACAUGAUCACAGGGUUAUUCUAUUUUUACAUGAUCUUAUAUGAGGUUUACAUGUCAUGGCCUACUUUUUUUUUGUUGGUUUGUUUUACAUAUUGUAAUAAUUUAAUUUUCUAUAUUAGGCUCAUAAAUAUAGUUGUAUUGCUUUUCUUCUUUUAUGUGCUCCUGGUUGUAUUUAAACUACACAUCUUGGCAUUGUGUUUAGAUGACUGUUUUAUUUGUAUUUCUCUUCAUCUGAGGUUCUUGCUGUUUAAUUUGGUUUAAUCUUAAUCUGAGGAUCGUUUAGGUUCAUUCAGACUUUGCUUUAUCAGCAUCUGCAUGUGUAUCAUAGUUGCCCCCUCUGCUUCCCAACACCAUGGAUGUUAGUUACUCCACUCAAUGCAAAGCUUACUGUACUGUUUGCAUUUAAAUAAUCCACCUUUUAUAAAAACUAAGUAGUAUAAACUGCAGAAUUUACCCCAAACAGAGUUCUUCCUCCAGAACUGCUGGUGACGUCUAGUCGUUGGUGUGGAUUAGGAUUUAGGGGGCAAAGGUUGCAGUAAAGGCCAUGCAGUGUAUUUCAUUUUGCAUGUGUUCUGUGAAGGUUUUUUUCAGAUUGCAGAUCAAUUUAGUGAUCAGGUUAUUUGCGGGCAAUGGAAAUAUGUAGCUGCUUAAUGGUUGGGGAGAAAAUAUUGAGAGGAGGUGGAUUUUUUUUUUAUUUAACUUUGGUUGCUAUAGUUGUGUCCAAGGGAUAUCAAAUGUGUGCUAAUUGUAACGUUACCAAAGCCAACAAUGACAAACUUAAUUGAUUUGAGUUUUUCAAUUUGCAAAAUAAGUUUUGUAUUGACAAGCUAAUGAAAAGAAAUAAUGCGUUUAACAUUAUUUUGCUAAUCUUUUCUAUGUUCCCAAAUAUAAAUCAAUAGAAUGUUGUUACCUUUAUGUUAAAAAAAGACAUUCCACGAGAUUCUGUCCCAGAGUCAGGUAUUAGAUUUUUUUAUAUCAAAUUUGUCUUGUUAUCCUACUUUUUGAAGUACAUUUAUGUAAUAAAUUUAAAAAUGAAAUGCAAAUGGAGAGUACGAUAUGUACAAAUUCUCAUAUCGUAAUAAAAAAUAAAUAUAAUACUGAGUCUCGAUCAGACAUUGGGUUUAGCUUUUAUGUUGUGAAAUGUGCGCUGAAUUGAGUGCUUUGAGUUUAUUUUAAUAAAAGAGUUGAACCUGUAAAACACUUUAAUCAACUAA